AUGGUUCGUAACAACGGUAAUCAAACGCAGUACUUUGGGCUGGAAGUGUUAAUAUUCGAAAACAUAGCAGCAAAGCUUAACUUUUCCAUCGAAUACGUUUCACCGCCAAGGCAUACGAAGUGGGGCAUACUGCGAUCGGUGAACAGCACCGGACAGAUGGGAAUGCUGCAGCGAAGUGAGGCGGAUGUAGGAUUCGGCAGUACUGGGCGCAGCAUAGAUCGGAACAUGUACUUACGAUCAAGCAUCCCAAGCAUUGUGACACAAUUAUCGAUGACCAUUCCGCCUAAGGUGCCGUACACUUCAUUGGAGAAAUUGUUUCUACCGUUCAGUUUGUCUGCAUGGUUGCUGGUCGCUGCUGGUUAUGCGAUCAUCUACUGUUUGUAUGUUGUGCUGUUCCGCACAAAGUACCAUCCUUACCUGGAACACAUACCUGGCAUUUUCUAUACGAUCUGGACCAUCCUGAUGGGUGGGCCGGGGCGUGACGUACGACGGAACAGUACCCGUAUCUACAUGAUCAGUCUGGUGCUGAAUGCGUUCGUCGUGCGUAAUCUUUAUCAAUCAGCAUUGUUUCAAUAUCUGAAAGCGAACGAUGUGAUGGCAGCCAAUUUGCAUACGUACGACGACAUUAAUAAGGCCGGAUUAAGCUACUACAUGCAUCACAGCACAAAGAAGUUUUUUGAGGACAACCCGGAUGUUAACAGCACAAUUCGGUUGAUCGCGGACGAGCACAUCAAUUCGGAUGAAAUUUUGUACAACAUAUCUCACCAUCUGCUGCAGGGCGUUAUUCCAUCGCCGCUCGAGAGCAUAUUUUACUACGUAAAAAGCCACGGCCACCAGGGCAUGGUGUAUAAACCGUUCGACAACCUACUGCAUCAGCUGCACGCCGGUGGAUUCAUCGUACACUGGAAGGGCAACUAUCGUAACAAUCCCGAUACGUGGAUGAAUUACGAGCAGGAGAACGUACCAACACCACUGCAACUGCAUCAAGUAUCGGGAGGAUUUUAUCUGUGGGCUUUUUGUAUGUUUGUGGCAAUGGUGGUAUUUACGGUAGAGCUGAUACUAUCAAAGGUCACACGUGCGAGUAAAUAA